AUGCACGGACACAUAUAACUAGUUGACGCAGGAACCCACCGUGACCUUGAGCCUGGAUAUAUCGUCUCUCAUUAUUGAUACAGGUUUGAAGACUCUACUUAAGUUGAUGUCAGUUUUGUCUGGGUAAUUUGACUGGUAAAUCCGUUCAAGGUCGAUGUCGGCUGGUAGCAUUUUUUUAGUUUUCGCAAAUGUUUUGAUAUUCACAACUCUUACAAAGUCGCAUGAUUUCGCAAAUAUUUCUCAAAAGCUUUUACAUCUCGUGAAGCCAUUUUCUGUACACAACAGACAUUCUGACUGGAAAUUAAAUGAAGGAGGCCUUGAAGACAGAUAUCUUCAUUAUGCUAUGCUCGUUGAAAAAUUAGAAGACGUGAGGAAGCGUUGUCCAACUAUUACCUCUCUGUAUACUGUCGGUAAAUCCGUCGGUGGUAGGGAUCUAUGGGUGUUAUCAUUCGGUAGAAUCUCAAAAUACCAUGUUCCUGGAGUGCCAGAAGUUAAGUUGGUUGGCAAUAUGCAUGGCAACGAAGCAAUAGGACGGGAACUAAUCAUGCGACUUGCAUACUUACUUUGUUUGAACUACGGUUCAAACGAGUUUAUCACAUUACUAGUGAACUAUACACAAAUCCACCUCAUGCCGUCGGCAAAUCCAGAUGGUUUCGAAAUUUCAAACGAAGGUGACGAAAAUGGUAUUGUUGGACGCAAAAAUCUUCACAAUGUGGAUUUAAAUCGUAAUUUUCCUGAUCAGUUUGGAAGAACUUAUGAAAAUAUGGUACAGGAACCGGAAACUAAACUAAUCAUGAAGUGGUCAAAGUCACAUGCAUUUAUAUUAUCAGGUAAUUUACACGCUGGUUCACUUGUCGCAUCGUAUCCGUUUGAUGGAAGCGCAAAUAUGACUGCAUAUUAUUCGGCUUCACCGGAUGAUGAAACGUUUAAACACUUAGCUACGGUUUAUAGUCGUGCUCAUAAAAGCAUGUAUUUAGGUCGACCUAAAUGUGAAGGGAUCACUUUUCCUAACGGAAUUACAAAUGGCAACAACUGGUAUCCAUUACAAGGUGGUAUGCAAGACUGGAAUUAUCUGUUUACUGGAUGUAUGGAGAUUACCUUAGAAUUGGGUUGUACAAAAUAUCCGUGGGCAUCAGAAAUCUCCACUUAUUGGAAUGAUAACAAAUAUUCUCUGGUUUCAUUUUUAUCUGAGGUUCAUCGAGCUUUACACGGCUUUGUGUUAGAUGGUUCGACAAAUUUGCCUGUCGGUGGAGCUUCCAUAAAUGUGGAAGGAUUAAAUCAUGUAGUCAACUCUACACCAUAUUUCGGAGAUUAUUGGCGUUUACUACCGCCUACAGGUAUAUUUCAUGUAUGGGCGUCUAAAAUUGGAUAUUUCGAUUCUGUUAAAUAUGCAGUGAAUGCAUCUCUUCUCCCAUAUAUACCGUAUACAAGUAGUGAACAAUUGAACUUUACUUUAUGGCCUGAAGAUCAAUCAACUUUACAAUGGUCCAACCGAUUAGAUUAUGAUAUUCCUAUGAAUCGUUUGCCUAAAUUUAUAAAAGAAUCAACUUAUGAAGAAGCAAUUAAAAAUUUGUUUAAAACUUCAUCUCAUUUAAUUCAAAAGUAUUUCAGACUUUUUGAAUUUAAGUUAUUUAAUAAUUUGGAGAGUUAUAAUAGUAAUAAUAAUAAUGAAAAUAUUAUGAAAAUGUCGACCGUAUACGGUGUCAGUUUGUCAGUUCCUGAUUAUCGAUAUGUGAAGACUCUACAUUCUAAUUAUGAUUCUAACAAUCAUACUCAAAAUGAUGCUGCCCUUUUACAACCUCAUUUUGAUAAAAUACGAAUUGUUAUCUUAGCUGGAUUGAAUAGUGAUGAGUUGAUUUCAACUGAAAUGACAAUGCGUUUAUUGCGUCAUUUAUAUUCAGCCUUAGAUUCUUCAAGUUCAGAAAUUUGGCGUCUAUUAGCAACAAGCCAGUUGUUAAUAUUUCCAUAUCUGGAUCCUGUUGGUAUUCAUAAAUCUUUAUCUAUUGCAAAAAAGAACAGUGUUGAUAAUAGUCAAAGAACGUGUGGAUCAACAUCAGCUGAUCAUAAUGAUGGUGGUAUUUUCGACAAUUCAAAUUUCCAACAAAUAAUGCAUCAUUUUCAACCACAUUUGGUUAUCUUGUUAGAGUCGAACAAUUCAAGUUAUCCAAUAGUAAAUAAAGCGAAUCGUACAAUCCAGCUACCGUUUAGUGCAGUUCAUAUACCGAAAGAUUUAAGCAAACGAAUUUCCAGUGCUGAAUUAUUUCAUAACUUAGCUGUUGGCUUUAGUUCCGGUGUGGAAGAUUUUGUUAACAAUCUGUUCAAUUGUUGUACUACACAGUCACCUCAGGCUGUAAAUAAAUUUUCGUCGUCUGGUAAACGUUUUUUAAAGCUUUUCAAAGCAGAUGAGUCUACCUCAGCAUCAUCUGUCUCAAAUAGUCAACAGGAUAUUGACACUGCGUCUGAUGAUGGUGAUGAUAAUAGUAAUAAAUCGCCUAUGAUUGUACGUCUGCAUACAGGCUGUCAGCAUUUAUCUAGCUGUUCAUAUUUGGCUAAUCAUCAGUUGCCUGAAUUAUGGCAUUACACCCUGAUUGGAUUAGACAGAUUGCUUUCAGCUGUUAGAAAUUUAUCGUUUUGUGGUCAGCUUUUAAUUGAAUCAGGCCCGUUAACCACGAAUCUUAUGACUCGUCUUGUUGAACGUCGACAGUGGGUUGCAGCUCCAAAUCCACAGAUGAUUUUACAACCUGCAUUGUACUUUUUCCAACAUUCAAAUCAAUCAGUUGAUGAAAACUCAAGUGAAACCUGGCUAUCUGUAAAAAUUAAUUCAUCAACUGGUUAUUUUUGUGAACUCAUUCCUCCAAGUACAUAUCUUAUGUUUGCUUCUGCUGGACCAGAGAAUUCAACACUAGAAAAUGCCUAUGAACAAGUUGCUAUGGCUAUCUCGUUUCAUUUAGACCACUUCAACGGGAGGUCACAUAUUCGUUUAGAAAGAGAAUUAGAUGAAAUCAAUUUCAGCGGGCCAGAGGAUAUAUACGAUUAUAUGCGUAAGCGGACUACUGAAUCAUUGAAUUCAUCGUGUGGUAGAAUGUAUUCAAUUGGUCAAUCACAUUUAGGUAGACCUAUUUAUGCUUUUGAACUUGGUCCUAAAUAUACAACAUUAGAAUUGAUAAAUGUCAAUACAACCAGUACCAAUAGUAAUAAUAAAAAUUCAAAUGUAAUGUCCAAUAGUGAAUUCUUUUUCGAUGUCAUCAAUGAUACUUAUCCUUUGAAUGAUUCUUUGAAACAUAUGCCAAAAAUAGCUAUUAUCGGUAAUCUACACGGACAUGAUCGUUUAACACCUCAACUGUUGACACAUUUCUUAAAUUUCCUAUGUGAUAGUCGUAGUAGUCAGAUAACAGUGAAUAACUUAUUGAAUUCGGCAACAAUUACAAUCAUUCCAAUUCCUAAUCCUGAUGGUUUAUACAAAUCGUGGAGUAAGAAACAUGCAUCAUCAUCAGCAUCAUCCGCGGAUUGGGGAACGUCUGAAAACUCACUGUUCGAUAAUGAUUAUUGUUAUCAUUCUAAAAGUACUGAUAAUACCUUAUUUCCUGGUUCUACAAAUGAUGCUGGUACAGAUUUGUGGGAACAGUUAAUCAGUUUAACCGGAAGUAAUUUAACUUUGAGUCAUCAAUGGUGGUGGGAAUCAAAGUCGAAGCUGGAGUCUUUAUCAAAAUCACUUGCACCAGAGAAUCUAGCUUUAGUGAAAUGGUUAAAGUUGCAUCAAGUGAAUUCUAUUAUAAGUUUUCCAACUGAUCGACUACCUGAUAUAAAUUAUGAUACAGACCCUAGUGAAUCACAAUAUGGUCAGGAUUUAUUACUAGAAAGUUAUAAUUGGUUAAGAUUUCUUGGUAAACUACUUUCUCCAAGUUUUCAUCGUCCAUCAAGUAUGUGUACACUAAGUCAAUCACAAUUCUCGCAGAAAUUUUCUAAAAUAUCUGAUAGACGUCGCAGACCUGGUGAUUUUCGUUUUCAGCAAUACGAUAAUAAUAAUAAUAAUGCACAUAGGCUGGAGAAUACAUUUGCCAAAGCUGCUGCUCUAGCCCUUAGUCUAGCCUCAAUGAAUCCAACAUUAGCCCUAGAAGAAACAGAGAACUUUCAACUGCAAUCCAGUCUGUCAUUUGCUCCUCCAUUGCCUUUAAUGAUACCGCCAAGUGUCGGUCUCACCCUAUGCCCUGGAUGUUUUUCACCGACUCCUUCUGGUGUUGCUCGUGUAUGGACAGACUACAGGUUUCCAAGUUUAUUGCUUGGUCUAAUUGAGCAUACUAGUUUAACUGGGCUAGGAAGUCUUGGUCUUAUUGGCCAUGUUCAUGAUUCAAAUGAUCAACCAAUCUCGUGGGUUCGCGUUCACAUCGAUUAUAUGCGCAGUGAAUUGUCCACUGGUUCAACUGAUCAAAAUGGUCAUUUUAGCGUCGUCUUACCACCAGGAGUGUAUCGUAUAACCCUGCGGGCUAAAGGUUACUUAGAUUUGAGUGAAAUAAUUAUUGUGGAUAUAAUGAAAAGUCCUAUUCAUCGUGUAUUUCGUAUGAAACAUGUUGGUGGAUUAUCACCAGCUUAUCGUUUAUACGUGGUUGGUAUGAUUGCAUCAAUUGUUGCAAUAUUUUCAUUAACUUUAACUAUCUGUGUAUGCUAUCAUUUCUGUUGUCAUUCACGUGUACCAUAUGCAAUUGUAAGACGUUCAGUUGGUAGGUCGGAUAAAUCUUCACCAUUAUCAGCAUCAUCAAGUCAUCAAACAAAGCGUGGACCAUAUUCACUAUUAGCUAUGGAUGAUAUGCAUACGUCGUAUGGUAAUGAUAUUGAUAAUAAUAACAACGGAUCAUCAAAUAAUGACUGUCUGGAAUCAAUGUUAACACAUAAUGGCACAGAUGAAGACGGAAACGAUGGUGAUGAUUAUAAUGAUGAUGAGGAUGAUGGCGUUGAUGCUGAAAGUGACAAUGGCAAUGUAAUAGUAUUGCAUGAUUCAAACCUACGUGAAACAAAAUUAGGAACAAUGAAGUCAUUAGUUAAAACAAAACUAUUUAAUAAACGUAUUUCAAAUCGUAUCCAUAAUAAAAAUCGUAAAUACAUCCCGAAAUCCAUGUCAUCAUCCAAUCGUGACGACGAUGAUGAUGUACUUGAAGAGGUUCAACUUGUUUGAAAAAUAACGGCAACUCAUAUGUUCAAUGUUCAACGCAAUUGAAAUAAAAGCAUAUAUAAAUAUUCCUGGUCUGAUCAUAUUAUAUUCUUUUGUUCUGUUUUGUAUUUAUUUAUUUAUUUAUUACUUUCUGUUGUGUUUUCGUCAGUGUUGUUGCUGUUGUUCUGCUUUCUUUUAAUGAAUAAAUUGUAAUCUUCAUUUUUUCAGAGUAUAUCUUUCAUUGACACUAAGUCUCUUUAGUCUGUCUCUAUCAUGCAUUCCAACCAAAAAUCUGAUGUGAUCUCUGUGUGUGUGUCUUUUACAUUUAUCCUUUCGGAGGAAAGUUUUUGAAAAUUUCACAUCAAAUUGUGAUACAUUUAUAUACACACACACCUUUUUUUGUCUUUCUUCAAUCUUUUUAUUAGACAGUGAGUGAUAUGUUCAAUGUGUUCAAUGAUUGACUGUUUUUUGUUUAAAUUCACUGUGUUUUUCUUUCGUCUGGCAUAUUUAAAUUUGUUGGAUUUUGUAUUUUGUAGGAUUGAAAACAGCAUCAUAGUAAAAAUUAGGUUGCAUAUUGGUGAAAAUCUGUUUGCUUUUCUUUUUUCUCACUGAUUUUUUACUUUCAGAAAUAUUUCGAUUCCGCUGACAGACAAUCUCAUGUACGCUGCUGUCUCUGCUACACGUUGCUCUUUUGUUGUUCACGCUUCUUUUAGUAAUAUUUGUUAUUUUAUAUUUUUAAGUGUAUUUCUUGGUUGUUUUUUUAAAAUAUCUUCUUUAGUCGGUCAUCACAAUUUGAAGUACUCCACACUGACAUUUAAUUUGUUUGUUUAUUUCUCAUGCAAUAUUCAAUUUUAUAAAAUAUUUCAAUUCUCACAUAAUCGACAUUUGCUGCUAUGUAGUCAACUUACUACUUUUUAUUUCUGUCUUUCGCCUCAUUUGCAUUUUUUUUCAUUUUGAUGUCUUUACAGUUAAUUUGUUUUAAAUACGCGUGUUGUCAGUGUCAACUAUGCGUUUGGCGGUAUUUUUUUUCGUUGAUUUAUUUUAUAUUUCGAGAAAAUUUAAAUCGUAAAGCGUUUUAUAUUAUACUUGAUGAUAGUGAGUGUUUUUUUGCUGUCUCUGUUACAUUUCUGUUGUAAUAUGACGAAAACUAAAUCAUUUACUGAUAUUUAUUGUAUUAUUUUCAUAGAUUCACUCAUCAUCUGAAUAAGUGUAAUGUCUGCAUAACCUCUUACUGAGUAUAUAUAUGCAUAAUCAUGUUGCUAAGUGAAUAAAAGUUAUAUGAACAUGUCCUUGA